CAGCGCCCCGCGCCGCAUCAUGGACCACAAUGACAAUGAUUUGCAAGGAACAAAUAGUUCAGGAUCAUUGGGUGGUCUUGAUGUCCGUAGAAGAAUCCCUAUAAAGCUUAUUUCAAAGCAGACCAAUAAAGCCAAACCUGCGCCUCGAACUCCAAGAAAUAUGAACAGGAUGCCUGCGAAGACACAAGCUGGUGAUGAAGAAGAAUUUGAUUAUAACAAGGAGGAGCGAUAUGAAUGUAAAGGAGGUGAAAUGUUUGGCAACCAAAGGAGAUUUCCUGGACCCAUUUUUUGGGAUUAUAAGAUAAACUUGCUGGGGGAGAAGGAUGAUACACCAGUCCAUUUCUGUGAUAAGUGUGGAUUGCCCAUCAAAAUGUAUGGACGCAUGAUACCUUGCAAGCAUGUUUUCUGCUAUGACUGUGCUAUACUGCAUGAGAAAAAGGGAGACAAGAUGUGUCCAGGCUGUAACGAACCCGUGCAGCGAAUCGAGCAGUGCGUCCGAGGCUCUCUCUUCAUGUGCAGCAUUGUUCAAGGAUGCAAGAGAACUUACCUGUCACAGAGGGACUUGCAAGCUCACAUCAACCACCGCCACAUGAGAGCUGGCAAGCCCGUUACCCGUCCUGCCAUCGAGCCCGUGCACCCUCCCAUCGCCCCGCCGCCGGCCGAGCUUCCCGAGCGCUUCAUGAUGCCCCCCGAGAAGCACCACAUGAGCCACAUCCCGCCCAAGCAGCACAUCCUGAUGCCGCCGCCCCCGCUGCAGCACGUGCCGCACGAGCACUACAGCCAGCCCCACGAGGACAUCCGCGCUCCUCCGGCCGAGAUGUCCAUGGCCCCGCCGCCGCCCCGCCCCGUCAGCCAGGACACCUUCCGCAUCUCCACGAGGAAACACAGCAACCUCAUCACUGUCCCCAUCCAGGAUGAUUCCAACUCGGGCGCUCGAGAGCCGCCCCCGCCGGCGCCCGCGCCUGCUCACCACCACCCCGAGUACCAGGGCCAGCCGGUGGUGUCGCACCCUCAUCACAUCAUGCCUCCCCAGCAGCACUACGCGCCGCCGCCGCCGCCGCCGCCGCCCAUCAGCCACCCGCUGCAGCACCCUCCGCAGGCGGCGGGCACGCCCCACAUGGUGUACAGCCAGGCCCCGCCGCCCCCCAUGACCUCGGCCCCGCCGCCCAUCACCCCGCCGCCCGGACACAUCAUCGCCCAGAUGCCGCCCUACAUGAACCACCCUCCCCCGGGGCCUCCCCCGCCGCAGCACGGCGGCCCGCCCGUCAAUGUCAGUGCUCCCCCUCCCCAUCACUAUAACCCCAACUCUUUGCCGCAGUUCAGCGAAGAUCAAGGAACUCUUAGUCCCCCUUUCACACAGCCUGGGGGAAUGAGUCCUGGCAUAUGGCCAGCUCCGAGGGGGCCGCCUCCGCCUCCGAGGAUGCAAGGGCCUCCCGCUCAGGCCCCCCUUCCUGGACCACAUCACCCCGAUCAAGCCAGAUACAGACCCUAUUACCAAUGAUACAAGCAACUGUAUGAAUAGAGAAUGCCAUGAAGAGGAUAAAACUAAAUACAGAAGCCUUUUAAUUAAUUGGUUUGGGGUUAUUUUGUUGUGGUUUUUUUAAGAAUACUGUCAUUUUGACUGUAAGACAUUUUGAGGUUUGAAUCUUAAAUGAUUUUUAAGCCUUGGCCGUAGGACUCUUAACUUCAAAUACUCUGUAGUGCUAAAAUAAGUGGCUUAGUAGACCACAGUUGCAUUUUAACAGAACUCCUGUUGCUAGUGUGGCUAAAUUGUCCUAAGAUGAUCACUUGUAAUAUUAUUUCCUGGAGAAGAUGAACACGUGUUGUACCAUUCUGAAUAUUGUUUUUGUUAAACCCAGUGUUUUUGUUAACCUGUGUACAAUAAUUAAAUUGAAAUAUGGUUGUAAA